AAAUUUGCAUAAAGGAAGGAAGCAAGGAAUCGAUAGGGCGGAGGCAGCAGCAGACUUGUCCUUGUCCGGCUCCAACAACAAGUGCACCAAAAUCCCCCUCCAAUCCAAUAUAUUAUCGAUCGAUCGGAUACGUCCAUCCAUGGUGUCGUGUCCAGCGAGCAAGGAAGCCGCAGCCAUGGCAACGGAGGGGGAAGAGACCGCGACCACGACGGCGGCGGCGGAGAAGACGUUCCUGGUGCAGAGCGAGGACGGCAUGGAAUUGUUGGUGUCCGAAUCGGAGGCGAGCCAAUCCAUGACCAUCGACGGCGAGACCGUCUGCUACGACGGCGAGCCCAUCUACGUCAACGUCGACGGAGAAACCCUCUCCAAGGUCUUGCACUACUGCAAGAAGCACGCCGCCGCCGGCGACCACGACGACCUCCUCAGCGCCUGGGACGCGGAGCUCGUCCGCGGCGUCGACCUCGAGACCCUCUACGAUCUCAUCCUCGCCUCGAAGCAGCUGGAGGUCCGAGGCCUCCUGGACCUGGCCUGCGGGGCCGUCGCCGGCAGGAUCAAGGGCAGGUCGCCCCGGGAGAUCUGCCACCUCCUCGACAUCAGGGGCGUCUUCUUCCCCGACUUCCACCAGCAGCUCUCGUCGGCGAGAAGUGGGUCUCGCUCGUCUGAGUCGACAGCUCGAGAGCUCAAGCUGACGGAGAAGGCGCUGCGGGCUCUGCACGUGGUCCGUGUCCACGAGUUCACCUCGUACGAGCCCAAGCAGGACUACCACGUGUGCUAUCGCUUCCACCACGAGUUCAACACGGCCUUGUUCGACUACCACAAAGAGACUCGCUUCUGCCGUGGCCCGCCGCUCUGCAAGAGAAGACCGGCGCGAGAGUCGCUCGUGGGAGCAUGUCUCAACAUCAUAUCCUUGAAGGUGCGCGAGUCGGACGUCGGCUUCCCGAUCAACGUGUUUGGCACCGUCGUCGCAAGGGACUCGGUGGACUAUAGAUGCGUCUAUCUCUUUAGGCGUGACAGGGACGAUCCCCAACUCAUCACCUCGCCGGAUGAUGUGUUAUCUUUGUCGGACCCAUGUCGAGCGCUAGUUCCGCGGAGUAGGGUUCAUUUCGAGAUCGAUUUGAAGAUCAAGUGCGAUGGAGGGGCGGAUCAAGUUUUUAGCAAAGGCUUGGAAGAAUUCGAUUCGGUCCGCCUCGCUACAGGAAAGGAGACCAUGACCCUCGGUCUAGAGAGUUAUCUGAGUAGGCUGGAGUUGUCAUGUGUGCAGGUUUACACACCCGUGGAAGCCACCUUUGCCAUCAACGUUCUAAAGGGCCCGUGUAAUAUCUCGAGAGCAGUCGUUGCGACCCGUGGAAACUUUAGGGAUCGUAGAAUCCUAUACGAAGCAACGGACAACCAUAUAGUGAUCGGUGACGGUGGCUCCGUUCCGUUGACUCGGCGUGUGGUAGCCGUCCCACGGGAUCAGAAGCUGGCGCUCUUUCUUGUCGGUGGCGACGAUGUAGUACUUGGACACCUUGCCCUCACUCUAGGCCAUUCCGACGAAGUGGUCAAUCGUAAGAUGGGUUGCGCUGAGCUUGAGGUGAAAGUUGCUUGGACGGCUGUCCCGAGAAGAAAAAGACCUAACAUGUUUAAAGAGGUCGGAGAUGUGCGGCUCUUGCUGUGAUAAUAGCUUUUGUAUGGUGCAGUGGUGUAUCUCUACCAAAAUGCAAGGAGCUGUUUUUGUUUAGGACUAACAGUUAUAUGAUUAAUGUAUGAUUUUUAUCUGAUGAAU